AUGACUGAGUAUUGGGUUAGCCAGGGCAACAAAUGGUGUGACUUCUGCAAAAUAUACAUAUCAAACAACCCUUCUAGCAUUAGGAAUCAUGAGCUUGGUCAACGUCACAAGGAUAAUGUUGCUAAGAAGCUUGCUGAUAUGCGAAAAGAGAAAGUUGCAAAAGAGAAGGAAGAAAAAGAAGCAGAACGUGCCCUUCUGCAAAUUGAAGCAAAAGCUAAGCGCAGCUAUCAAAAGGAUGUGGCAAGCUUUCAGGAGGCUAGAGAUGCCCGGGCAUUCGAUGUUGAAGAUGAUGGUCAAGAGAAAUGGCAGUAUAACAGUACGUCUGGUUAUUACUACAAUCAAAGUAACGGCUUUUACUAUGAUCCGAAUUCAGGCUUCUACUAUUCUGACGCUAUAGGAAAGUGGGUGGCACAGGAAGAGGCAUAUGCAAACCCGCAGUUUUUAUCAAAUGCUGGAUAUAAAGAAACCAUUUUGAAAAAGCCAGGGUCAACUUCAGGGGCAGGACCAGCUACAGAAAACAAAGGUGCUGAUAAAUCUCAAAAUGGGCCUCCACCUGGGCCAGUGGUCUCAGCUUCUUUAAACCCUAUGAGAUCUGUUAAAGGUGCUCGUUCAUCAGUUUCUGUUGGAAAGAGAAAGAGGCAAGAGGAGAAGCCAAGGGCUAUAUCCGCACAAGAAGCAGCUGCACUUAAAGCGAGGGAGGCUGCAAGGAAGAGAGUUGAAGAGAGAGAGAAACCAUUACUUGGUCUUUACCGGCCGCAGUGA